AUGCCAUUUAGGUCGUUAGAUGUGACAGCCAAUAUCCGCAUUAAGAAUGUCACUUGCCCUGGAACUUGGUUAAAAAAUCGCGAUGAUGUUUCCAUCGCUGUACGAUUAUUCAACCGUACCAAAUUUACCUAUCCAUCUUUACCUAUUUUUCCCCUAAUAUUUAACGAGCAACUGCAAUUUGAAAAGAUAUUUACAAAUUGUCGAGAUCCUUCCCAAUUGGCGGAGGUCCUAGAAGCUGGAAUCGUUCUUGCCUAUUGCGAAAUGACAACUCGAGAUUUUCUUUUUCCUCACAAUACCUACAUUUCAUCGCGUAGCAAUACAAGAACAGUUUUGCUAGAUAGAACGAAACAUUUUAAGGGAAUAUCACCUCAAUUAGAAUUUUCAACGGAGACUACGAUGAAGGAGGUAGCAUGGCCAACCUACUCGGAACAAUUGAAAAGUGAUACUUCGGUUGAUUCUACAGAUAUCGAAGUUGCUGAUAUCUUGAACAAGACAAAAUCCUUGUCUCUAUCAAAAAAUCGUCCACAAUCUCCGUAUGUUUCUCGCACUUAUACUCCAAGUACGCGACGACAUUACCGCUCUUCCACGGCUCCUCUAUCGUCGACAUUGAGAUCACCAUUAAAGAGUAACAUCUCAAGUAAUCGACGAUAUCAAUCUAAAAGAAAGCCUUUUGUUGUUGGUAAAGCAAAUGAAAAGUUACUUGAACAAAGAAGUUUUACAUCAACGACGCCAGCUUACCGAUCAUCAUCACCUAUAGACCGAAAAUUAGCAUCAACUCCAACAGCAGUAGGCAAGCAACGCAUCGGUCGAAGUGCUCUCUCAGAUCCGGUUACGAAGUAUCGAUCUCGUAGUUUGUCUCCAGUUCUCGAUCACAGUCGUCUUAGUCGAUGGGAAAGUCGACAGGACCGCCAUUCUGUAUCGAAAAGAAUCCAUAACAAGGUCAAAAGGAUUAUGGAAGAGCUGGAUAUCGAGACUGAUACAACAGAUACCGAUACAGAUACACUAGAUAUACUUAGGGAUACUAUUGAGGAUUCAAAGCUUGAAAAUGAUUACAACAACAGAAGCGUUACAGUCCAGCUGGAUGAUAACAACUAUUGGUCAAAUCGUAUGUCGAUGUAUACUGGAAAACCUCAUCGGGUCCUCUUUGACGAGUGUCUGGAUAAAAUUUAUUCCAGACUUUACCGUAAUUAUAGAAGUUGGGAGAAAUAA